CGACGAGGAGCAGCUCUCAGCUGGUUGAUCCCGAGCCGUAGUCCUCUGUAGUGCGGCGGACUCCGAUGACUCCGGGACGGUAUUCGGUGGUCGGUUCGGUUCGAUUCCUCUGAAGAGUUGCUCGUCGUCGGGUGGUGGUGCAGCAGCAGCGCGGUGUUUGCCCUUUGAAGAAGAGCGGUGGGACGAAGAAGAUGCACUUUAUGUGGGACACGCCGCGGAAUCUGCUUUAGGAGGAUUCGUGGAAAAUGCUACACCGGACUAAGGGAUACGGUUACCCGAUUGUGAUGUGGUUUCGCUAGGGGAAAAGUGGAUUAUCGAAUCACUGCGGAGCAAAACAUCCAUCGAUCGCGACAAAGUGACGUCGAUUCGGGGCCCCUUUUUUCUGUGUUAGUGGAUGAAUCCAAAAGUGGAACAAGCAGAGUUUACCCAGUGGAAUCCGUAGUUGUGGAAUAGGAGCACCAUCCAAAGCGUAUCAAGAAGAAUCCUUAGAAAAGGAUACAGAAGUGCGCUGGACUACGAAUUCGAAUGGACUUUUUUGUUGGUGUUGCGUUCGUCGUCCUUAAGAAGAACAGACAAAAGGUCGUGUGAUUGUGGAUGUGUGUGAGUAUGUGUGUAACUCAAACAAGGAUUACGAUUCGUGAUUGUACCAAAAGGAUUCCAUGUAACGACAUGUAACCAGCACCGGAUCCGACCCGAAACGAGGAAGAUUUUUUUAAGCUGCAAAACGAAACAGUGGUGACGAAUGUGAACUUGUGAACGUGUCUGUGUCUGUUUGCUCAGAGGAUAAUGCGAAAUGGUAAUCAGCUAAUUUGAUUAACAAACGGGACAGUACGGACAAUUCCCAGGAUAUACGUAUAGCUGCACAGUGUGGAGUUACUCGGAAGUGCACCUGGCCUGCGUGCAGCGGCGAUGAACUGGUGUCAGAUUUGAUUAAGCAGGGAUUUUUUGCACCCCCCGUGUGCAUGCUGAAUGGUGUCACUAAUUGGAAAAUGAAACAACAAUCGAACCGGAUCAGGUGAAGAGGAUCAUCUGGCCAGCGGCAUCAUCAAUUUGUGUUCCCAGCUGAGUGAUUGCGCCUGAACACAAAACUUUCCAAUUUCCAGACUAGUGUGGAAGGGAAAAUUCUGUGUCGAGCUCGUGUAUGUGUGCAGUGAAGGAAAAGAGACACAGUCACGCUACGACGACGGUGGUGGCGACGCCGGGUUCAGGGGUCAGGUUCAACGGAACCGGGGCCACUCCGACCAAGGCCUGCGAUACUCCGAACAGAGUGAACCGAUAGGAGGAUAAUCGUUUAAGUGGAUUUAUUAUGAUUUAAAUAGAGGAUUAUCGGAGGCAGAGAGCAGAGGCGAAACGACGACGAUAUAUAUAAAAGAUGAACAUCAAAGCAAUACACUGGUCGCUGGUGGCGGCGCUGGCGCUCAAACUGGCCGGAAUUGUGGUGGUCCACGCGUGCAAAAUCUCGGAACAUCCGUGCAAGGGCGGUGCGUUCUGCGUUCCGCUGGACAAGUACUGCGACGGAAAGGAUGACUGCGGCGAUGGCAGUGACGAGCCGAAGAUGUGCACCGUGUGCAACCGAACGUACUACGGCGAUAUCGGACGGACGUACUCAUUAACGGUUCCGCCACCCCAGUGGAACCGGUUGCCGUUCCUGUGCCACCUGACGUUCACUGCGUCCGGAAACGAGCAAGGCGAUAUCGUGCAGAUCAUCUUCGACCGGUUCACGGUGGGCCGCUUCGACGAGGGCCUCAUCGAUCCGGACCUGGACUCGAGCGAUGCCAGCCUGACCAGCGGCGGAGAUCUUCCCGGCUGUCCGGAGGGAUUCAUGCAGCUCAGCGAACUGGGUCGUCCGUUCACCGGCGGAUCCUGGUGCGGCAAGGCGUCCGGCCAUCAGCUCUACUACAGCGAAACGGCCACGGUGACAGCAUCUGUCAAGGUAUUCCAUGCACCGAUGCAGGCUGGGACGCCGUUCGAGUUCCGGAUCCGGUACAAAUUCAUAAGUCAAUCAGACGCCAUUGUCAGGUAUGGAGCGCCGAACGAGCUGCUCGAGCUGGGACGGGUUACGCCGGGGACGUACUGCACCCGGCAGUACGACGAGUGCUACCGGAAGAAGUGUCGCCUGCAGAGUCCCAACUAUCCGGGGAUGUACCCGCGCAACGUGACCUGCUACUGGACCAUCCGGCAGAAGGUGGUGCCCACGUGCAAGCACGCCAUGGUCGCCAUCAGCCAGGAGAACGAGCACAAGGCGCUGGUUAAGAGGUCGAUUGCCAGCAUGAACAAGACAUCCCGGGCGGUCCGGGCGUGGUCCGACUGCACCGGCGAGCGUGACCAUCUGAUCUUCUACGACGGCAGCAGCACCAACGAUCCGGUGCUGGCCAAGUACUGCGGCGGUGACUGGCUGCCGAGGGUUGUCUCGAGAGGACCCGAAAUGCUGAUUGCGUUCCACUCGAGCCCAUUCUCGGCCCCACUGCAGUCGGGUCAGUCCAACCGGGGCUUCGAGCUGGACGUGGACAUUCUGUUUGCGGACUCGGACUCGCACGACUUUGCCCAGGGCCACAAGUGCGAGUUUCACAUCAAUGCAUCUAGUCCAGAUGAGGUACUGUACUCGCGCCGGGGUCGCAUGGGUCACCUGCUGAGCCCGCGGCACACGCUCCCGCCGAACACCACGUGCACGUACUACUUCCACGGCAUCCCGUCCGACCUGGUGUGGAUCGCGUUCACCAACUACCACCUGCAGAUUCUGCAGCAAACGGGCAGCGGCGACAACGGAACGAGUAUCAAGUCCGAGUCCGCCCAUCCGUGGAUAACGCGACUUCGAAUAUGGGACAGCGCGGGGACGUACGUCCCGAUCAAGACGACGUCGCCUUCGUCGAUCAUAACGACGGCCUCGUCCUCGUCGUCUUCGGCGGCGCAGUCUUCACAGUCGUCCAAUGCGGCGACCGGGGUAACGCAGCCGGUCUUUGCCGGAACCAGUACUACCGCGCUGUAUCAGCAGUUGAUGAACCGCACCGUUGGGACGUACUACGGCACGAUCAAUCAGCACGGGAAGAACCUGAAGAUCAACGUGGACAACGUGUGGAACCCGGUCGAUCAGUACAUCUACGGACCGACGGUCAACAGCAUCUUCAACCAACCGCACCCGCAGCCCCAGCCCCAUCCGGUGUCCGGUGGCAUGGGCUCGGAGAAGGGACUGGUGUUUGGAGGAUCGAUAGGACUGCAGGAGAAGAUGCCCAAGUACUCGUCCGGUGGCAGUGGGAAGGGCAAGGACGGAUCGCGCCACGGCAAGGACAACGAGGUGGUCAAGGAGUCGUCCGGACGCAGGGAUAAAUCUUCCCGGAGUAACGAGCGCCGCCGGAUGGUGGCCGAGUUCUACGACAACGACGCACCCAAGCUGUGCGAUCACGUCUCGCUGGAGAGUAACAACCACCGGAUGCGGCCGUGUACGCCGCUGGAGAGCUACGUCAGCACUGGGAGUGAUUUGAAAAUCGAGUUCCACACGAUGACGGGAACUUCGCUGUUUCCGUCCAGCUUCGGCAUCAAGUACGAGUUUGUCGAUACGGAACUUGGCGGUGAGCCGUACUUGGGGCAGAAGGGUGAGGACGUUCCGCUGCUCUGUUCGAGGGUGUUCCGGAAGCGAAAGGGAGAGUUUCAAUCGCCACGGAAUGUGUUCCUGCAUGGGCGGGGAGGAGCGAGUAACAUAACCUGCUUGUACCGGUUUGAGGCUUCAGUUGGGGAGAGGGUACGCAUCGAUUUGUUCAACGUUUCCUUUGGAGAUUCUGCCACGUGUACGACCGAGUCCGAUGGUCAUACGGGUCGGGCAAAGUGUACACCGUCGGAAGCAGAUCCGGACGGUCGAGUUGGAGAGCUUCGACUGUUUGACGUGCCGUACAAGGACGUCAAGAUUCCGUUGGGUUGUUUCUGCGACAACACAACCAGCUCGUACAAUUCCCCUCUAACGUUCGUCUCGAACUCACGCACGAUGGAAUUGACGUUUACUGUGACACGGUUGAACAUUUCGGAGGACUUUGCCGAGGUGUACUUCCACGCGGCGUAUGACUUUAUUAAGGUGCCGGAGUGUAAGAAGCGGUUGAAGUUGCGAGGAUCCGGCGGAGAAGAUGAGGUCAACUAUCCGUUGAAGUCACACGAGGCUAGCUGUGAUGGGUUGCCGUGGUACAUUGAAGCUCAACAGCAGGAUCGCAGCUUGUUCGUGCGGACUUGGGGUGGUUUCCUGUCGUUGGAUCCUACCCAGGAUGAGUUCAGCAAGUGCAACACUAGAAAUCGACUGCUAGUUUACAGCGGCAAGCCGCUGAAGGUGGUUCGGGUGAUCUGUCCGUCGUCUUCGUCCAGCAGGUCUUCGGCGCUGCACAUCUUCUCCGAGGACUGGCUGAGCUCGCAGCCGUUCCUGAGCAUGGACAGUCCCAGCAGACCGGUCAGCAUGGUGCUGGAGCCGAUCCACAAGGAGCCGGGCAGCAUCGCGUUCUCGUGGCUGGAGAUCCAGCGCACCAAGGCGUCGCUGAUCCAGCAGCUGGACAUGCAGACCAACUUCACUGCCAACGAUACGCUCGUCGAGUUCGGACUGUACCCGCGGGAAACCGAGUGCGAGCACCGCUGCCCGGAGCUAGACGCCUGCAUCGGGAAGGUGCUGUGGUGUGACGGUCGUCCCAACUGCCCGUCCGGGUACGACGAGAGCGAACAGGAGUGCGGCAGCCGGCUGAUGGAGCUUCCCGGGGGGAUCUUCGCCGCGUUUGGCUGCCUGGCGGCAGCCCUGUCCGCUUGCCUGAUCUUCUGCGUACUAGCGAUGGUCAAGAAGCGCCGAAAGUCCAACGAGAAGCUCAAGACGGCGCCCGCCUCGUUCAACGGAACUCUCUCCAAGAAGGACUACAAGAAGGAGCCCCUCUUCUUUGACCCGGACUCUUGACACGGGCUUCAACCGGUCGAGUACAUCCACGUCGACCGGGAGACGACCGUGUGACAUGUUGUCUACGUCGACAUGGACGACCUAGCGUACUGCUAGAGACAGCCAAACAAGCCGGGACGCGACACACAGGUGAGCAGCUCACCCUCGAUAGAGUCACUUGGUCCAAGUGAUUAGCAUUAAAUCUAUAUAUGAUAUAUUUCAAAAAAGGACGUUAGGAACGUGACGGCGGCCACAAGGACAAACUGCCCAACUUGGCGCAAAUUAUUGCGCAAUUUAAAACGGAAAGUCACUAGUCAAAACCAAAACAUGUUUAAAGUAAAAAAAAAAUCUGAAACCUUUCAAAAUACCAAGUGGAACUUGACGAAAACACAAAAGUAUUAUAUAGAGAUCUUUUUAAGCAUUUGUAAGAUUUUUAUUCUACAAAAAUCUUGUGAUUCAAAACGUCUUAGUUUUCUAUUACGACUAUAUUUUUAAAAUCGGGCCCGAUCGGCUGCACAGAGAUUUACUGCACACUUACACACGUACACAAAUUACACUACGACACACAAAAAAAAGAACUCUCUCUCUCUCUGAAACCGUCUAUCGGGGUAAAACCGUGUAGUUAAAUGUAGACUCGCUAUUUAAAAUGAACGAAAAUGAACUCGAUUGCAUCUUAAAGCAAACACGUGUGAGUAAAAGUGAGAAUGAGAAAACUAGCCAAAUAUUUUUUUAAAGGUAAAACUUAAACAAUGUGAACAAAAGCGUUACUUCUUACUGAAAAAAAAAAAAAAACAAGAAACGGAGAAAUGAGAAACUAACUAAACUACCAUCUAGAGCAGAGAACAAUUAAACAUAACAACAAAGACAAAUUUCUUCUAUAUCGUAAGCUGUUACCGAAACAAUUACACAAAAACACACUCUCACAGAAUGAUGAGCUCUGGAAAGCGCACUCGUUUAGGAAAAAAAAAGUCUUCGUUUUUCCGUUAGCCAAAAAUGUUACCCACUGAACUCUUGGUUCGUGUUACCUGUAGUAUCGACGCCGUGUGCUGGGGUGGUUCCUUCAAAACAUCUUUUUUUUUUAAUUUUAUUAUUACUAUGUUUUUUAUUUAUAUUACUUUUUUCGAUCUUGUUAAUUCUUCAAACAUUGUUUUUAUUUUAUUUAAAAAUAACUUAUAUUAAAAUGCUCAAAUUUCAUCAUCGACAUGUUUUAACAUCUAGAGUUUUUUUUGAAAGGGUCCUAUACACGAAGAAAAAAGAGUUCCUAGAAUCGUGAACAUGCGUUCAUGAAAAUGGGAACCACGAAAAAAGUGUUCAAAUCCCAUGGUACGUUUUUCAAAAACGUAUCAUGAAAUUUGAACACUUUGUGCCAUGUUUCCAUUUUCAUGAACGCAUAUUCACGAUUUUGGUAACACUUUUUUCUGCGUGUUAGCUUUUGUUUUUUAUAUGUUUAUAUUGUACGAUCAGUUCCUAGCUGGACUCGGUCGUUGGAAACGACCGUCGGCUCAACGACCGACGAAAUAGGCGGCGGGCCUGAUGCGGGCAUAAAAAUGUCAAAAUCUCUCCCCCCCCUCACUUCGUAUCACCAUCCAGCUGCAGCUUUGUUGACAAACAAACGGAACACGCGGUCGCAUGAUGGCGGCAUCGAGCCAGAAUUAGGGGUGAUCAUGUCAUUAAAAAUGAAAGUUUUUUCAAGAAAAAGAAAUAUUUUUCCGACCGAAUGAAAAAAAUGCGAGCGUGUUCAAACAAUUAUUCCUGAUGUCGGAGAAUUAAUUUUUCUAUAAAUUGAACUUUUCCACUCCAACUGGGAACCCCUAGGUCUAUCCACGACCGUUUCCAAUGACCGUGAGAAGAUGCCAGAAAAUCCAGCUUCGAGCUAAAUCCACAAUAAUAUCUUUAAAAAAAAACUUUAGAUAUUUUUUUUUCUAAAAAGAAAGUAUUUUUCAUAAUUUUGAUGACACAAUUUCGUUCAAUCAACCCAGCACAUCAUUCCAAACACAAAUCCUCACUGUAAAUAGCAUUGUAUUGUACAACAAAGUGUAAAUACUAGUAACCUAGUAAAUCAAAUUGGACGUGUGACGGUUGCAUACGUCCAGGGGAAACAAAAGUCCUUCACCUUACAUAUAAAUAUAGUUCACUAGCCUUCACCAAUACAACAACAACAACAAAAACUGAGGCGAACACCAUCGUCGGAAAGGAAUUAAAUAACACACACAUAAACACAUUCACAUACAGCUCUAGGGAAUAAAGUGAAAGAAAAACAAAAACAACCCGAUUUAUGUGGUGUCACACGUACGCAAACAAACAAAAACACACAAAAACACUACCAAAUCAAAAGAGUGUGAAACGAAAAUGAAAGAUCUGAGCCGAACGAUAGAGCGACCGAAUUAAAAAUGGAAUAUUUUUCUAUUGCUAUUGAGAGGACGAACUUGUGAGUGGAGGGAGAAGCCCCGGGGAAAAAUAGCUAUUUUUCACACAGACAGUCGGAGAAGGAAAGAAAAAAACCUUUGGCAGGCACAGCGAACCGAAAAGACUUAAUAAAGUAAGCAGCUGCAUGAUACGAAAGGCAAUAAAAAAAAAGAGUCAAAAUUUAUGGCUUGAAAUAUAGUCGUUUCGAUUGUCACCAGGGAGAGAAGCCAGCAUCCGCCAAUUUCCUCCAAACUAUCACGCAAGAAAAAGUAACAGAGCAGAAAAAAUACCGAAUAAAUUAGAAGGCACGCAGACAAAGAGAACUCACUAAAUAAUUGAAAGUAAACAUUAAAGAAAAAAAAAACAA